AUGACAGGUACUAUAUCAGCGGCAAACACUACAUCAUCAACAAAUACUAUAUCAACGGCAAACACUACAUCAUCAGCAAAUACUACAUCAGUGGCAAACAUUACAUCAUCAACAAGUACUAUAUCAGCGGCAAACACUACAUCAUCAACAAAUACUAUAUCAACGGCAAAUACUACAUCAGCAGCAAAUACUACAUCAGUGGCAAACAUUACACCAUCAACAAGUACUAUAUCAGCGGCAAACACUACAUCAUCAGCAAGUACUACAUCAGUGGCUGGCAUAGCAUCCACAACAGCCAGUAUUACAUCAGCCAAUAUCUCAGCUGCGACAACAACAGAAACAACAGCCACAACAGAAACAACAACCACAACAGACACAACAACCACAACAGACACAACAACCACAACAACGACAACAACAACAACAGAAACAACAACUACAACAGAAACAACAACCACAACAGAAACAACAACCACAACAACAACUACAGAAACAACAACAACAACAACAACAACAACAACAACAACAACAACAACAACAACAACAACAACAACAACAACAACAACAACAACAACAACAACAAUAACAACAACAACAACAACAACAACAACUAAAACUACAACUACAGUAACGAGCACGACAAGUACAAGCACAACAACUAGUAUGGCAACACGUAAGUUAUAAUUACUCCGAAUCUUAUUAGUCAUUCGUUAUGUAUAUUGCAGCAUCGAAUUGCACAGCAGUCGGAGUAGGAAAUGCGAUGAAUCUGACUGCAAAUCAGCAAUCUGGUUGGACUCGAUAUCAAUACAACUUUACGGCGAAGAACACAUCGCAUAUCAUCAUGUUUGGAUUUGAAAGUACUAAUAAUCGUGAUUACCUUAUGGACUCAAUAUCUAUUGUUGCUCAAAAUGACUCAAGUAGGGAGUUGUUGAGAAAUCCAAGUUUUGAAAGCUCAGCCAUAACACCCGUAGAUUGGGUAUUAUUGUGCACAUCUACGUGUAAAAACAAUCCCACCUCGAUGGAAUCUGGUUCCAAGUGCCUUAACUCUACGGGUAUUUGCUAUACGGAUACCUGCAACGGUGGUAUCGACUUUAUCGCUCAAACAUUUGCGACAGUGACAGGCAACACAUAUACACUUUCGUUUUGGCUCAGCAUAAGUGGUCCCAGUAAAAAUACAGCCAAUAGAUUCUACGUUGAUAUUAUCUAGAUACUGUGUAUUGGGCGUGAGUGAGUGUAGGUUUUAGAUAAAUAGAAAUACGGAAACCCGUUACCCACAUUUCACUCACACCUGCAACCUCGUAUGAAACUUUAGAUGCGCGAAUAUAAUUUGUUACUAACGCUUCGUAAAUUUGAAUUAAUUCUUUGUGAAUGGAAUUUUCUUUGUAAUUGAGAAAACAUUUUUCAAUCUUUAUAUUUUAUUUUAACUCAAAAUGGUUAAAUAAAAAUCUUAUGAUAAUCAAAAAAACAAUUUUUUCAUCUUUUAAACAAAAUGGCAAUUUGCAACUAAAGCACUAGAUGUUGAAUCGAAAAUCUGCUUCCUUGGUGCUACAAUAAGCACAUCUUCUUCUUUUUCCUUUCACGGACAAACGUAUUUCAUUGUCAAAAUCAAGGACAAUUUUUUGUGAUGCUAGUUUCGACUUCUUUUCAGAAGAAGGUCUUCCACGACUCAUUCUUACAUUGUCGAAGCAGAGAGACUACGCCACUGGAACCAUGUAGUUUAAGUAUGUUAAUUUGUCCUGAGCUAAUUGAUUACAGCAAUUAAAUGAGUUGGAAAUAAAUACAUUUAGAAAAUAAAUAAAAAUUCGAAGCCAAUUUCUUUUUGACUUGCGAUCAAGCUUGUAGCAGGAUAUCCUUUGAUUGAGUUGAUCAACUCCAUGUACAAACUGAUUAAAAUCUGUUAUUGCUUUUGGACAGUUAAUUGUAAUACAUGACCAUUUUUCAACCGGCGAAAAAUCGGAACAACUUUGUUGCUUUUAUGAUAAUUUGAAGUCAAAAAAAUGUGUUUCGUAUCCAUCCAUAUGAAGAAAAUGCUGUUCAACAUAAUCAUUGAUUUGUAAUCCCCUCGUUCCAUUUUAUCUUUCUUGGCAAACUUUGACGGAAUACCUGCCAGAUCUGGUCUAAUCGAUCCACUGGCCUUUAUGUUCUGUAAUUUUAGCUUUUCUAAUAAAUCAAGAGAAGUGAAAAAGUUAUCGAAAUAUAGAUUUUUUUCUUCAAAAUUAUGACCACAAGUAAGAUCGAAAACAGCGCGUUCGUCCAAAGGCAUUUCUCUUUCACUAGUUUCUUCUUCUCCUAAAUAGAUUUGAUAGUUGAAUAAGUAACCAGCGAUUGAAUCACAUAAACACCAAACUUUAUACCCUCUUUUUAUUGGUUUUAGAGGCAAAUAUUGCUUGAGGCUUGAUUUUUCCUUGAAAGGACAAGUAUCGAUAAGGUCAUUUAUUCGCCCAAAAUAUUUUUGAAAAAAAAUUACAUAUUCGGAAUCAGCAUUGAAUUCUGAGUAAAAUGAAGUAUUUUUUUUCUAUCGAAAAAUGACUGUCAUUUUUGCCUGUAAUUUUUGCGCCUGUAGGGGACCCCAAGACUGUCGAAAACGUUUGUUUUAGAAUUUUCUGAAAUUAACCAUCAUCAGAUGCGGAAUUUGAUGCUGAUGCCAAAUAUCACAUUAAUAAUCAAAGACAAUGAAGAUUUCUCUGAGAAAAAGCUAUUCUACUGUAGAAUGUUAAUAGAAGGCUGGUUCCAGUUGUCGGCCUCAAGGGAUCUAGUAACGACACUACAAACCCUAAAUGCACUCAGUCAUGUGCGGAAUUAGUUUUCCAAGCAGAAUCAUGUAAAAGAAAGGAUUCAAAGCCAAGUUUUGAAAAGUUUUAGGGGCAAAUACUCGAAAAACCAGCAAAAACAGGGA